AUGGCUGUGCCAGAGGCGCCGCCGUGGCGAACGCGCGCCUGGGAGGCCCGAGGCGCUGAAGAACAGGUUGUCCGGGCCGCACCGUCGCAGCUACCGGAAGUAGCUGUUGUCCGGGCAACCGAAACCCAAACUAAGCAGCUAGAGGCAGUGAGGACGGUCCGGGGACUCGGGAGACGUCCGCUGGAGGAGCAUGGCGACUACUGGAUUAAGAAUGAGAGCGAGCGCUGGGCACUACCGGAGCAUAGCCGCCGCCAAACACAGACUGGUUUCGCGCAGGCACGGAUCGCUUCCGGAAAUGCCUUCUGCUUUAGGUCUCCGAAAAUCAGAAAGUGGGGAGCGCUGCUGCUGCGCACAGCUUAUUUAGUUCCACUGCUGUCUACCGCCCAUCCCAUGGAGUCUCCGUCCCCUACAAUCUCAGAUAGGGCAAGCGGGCGUAGCGCUGUUCUUCCAGGGCGCUCACACCCAGCUGAGGAUCCCAUUUUAGUGUUACAAAGAGAAAACAAAUGGAUGGAAGAAAAUCAAAUAGAGAAGUAAAGAAAAUUAAGCAAAGAAAAUUAACCUGUGCUUUGAAAUGAUCUCAAACGCAUAGUUUGGCUAAAUGGUGAGGGUUUUUUGUUUGUUUGUGGUGAUGGCACAUUAAAUUUUUUACUUGCCGAUGGAAAUUCCUGGAAAGAAGCUGUGUCUGUAAUUAAGACAGCAGUGAUGUGGAGAGGCUGUGAGUCUGCGGGUCCAGAGACUGAUUACCUUGUCUCUGUUAGCUCCUGGAACAGACAU